CUCAGCCUUUCUCCUCUCCCCAAGAUGGCGGAGGCGGUCGCGCUGCUGGAGGCUCUCCGCGGGCAGGUAGCGGCGGUCACCGACCACGGCUUAGCGCUGCUGCGGCGCGUUGGAGGCGGGCGGCUGCGCACCGAGAAGGGCGUGUCGCUGCUGGAGGUGCGGGCGCAGGCGCUGCUGCAGUACCUGCAGGACCUGGCGCUGCUGCUGGCGGCCAAGACCCGCGGGGGGACGCUCGGGGCGCUGCCGGCUCUGCCGCGGCUGCUGGAGACACGGCUGGUGCUGGAGAAGCUCCGCCCGGCCGAGCGGCGCCUCAAGUACCAAUUGGAGAAGCUGCUGCGGGCGGGGGGGCGGGGCGGCGGCGGCGACGACGACCCGCUGCGCUUCCGCCCCGCCCCCGCCAACAUGGAGGAGGAGGGUGAGGAAGAGGAGGAAGGGGGAGGGGCGAAAGCCCCGGGAUUGGGUGGCGGCCGCCGCUACGUCCCGCCCCGCCUGGUCCCCGUCCAAUACGACGCCGUGGGGCAGGAGCGGGAGCGCCGGGCGCGGGAAGCGGCUCGUCGCCGGGCCCUGAGCGGCUCCGUCAUCCGGGAGCUGCGGGAGGAGCUGGGCGACGCCCCCCACCAAGUGGGCGGGGAUGAGGGCGGGGCUUCGGCCACGCCCCGCCACGCCCAGAUGAGGCGCCGGUACGAGGAGGCCAUGUUGGUGCGGCUGAGGGAGAGCCGGCGGGAGCGGGCACAGCGACGGCGGGGGGCGGGCGGCGACGGCCUCGACGUCAUCACCCGCUUCGGUGACAUCACGCCUCUGCUCGAUCCGGCCAAUCAGGAGGCCCCGCCCCCCAAGAAGAAGAGGAAGAAGCUGCCACUGACGGGCAGGAGGAAGAGGCGGGGUUUCCGGCGUCGGCGCUGAGCCCCUCCCCCCUCCUCUGGUGGUGGGUAAUUAGCGCUAAUUAGCACUGCGGGGGGGGGUAAUUACAGCAAUUAUGCUUUGUCCUGGCCUUAAUUAACCCCAUGUGUGGUGAUUAAAGGCAACUAAGCCUUACUUAUAGGUAAUUAGGCCUUAAUUAAAGGUAAUUAAGCCUUAAUUGGAGGUAACCAAGCUUUAAUUAAAGGUAACGAGGCUUUAA